AAUGGGAGUGUCCACUUGGGCCACCUUUAUUAUGUGGAGGGGACACGAGACCUAGAGAGCACAGGCCUUACUGGGCUCAUAAAACCAGGCUGGACCUUGGCCUCUCAGUGCUGCUGUUGAGGCCUGAUGCUUCUCCCUGCAGGUGCUGCUGGGCCCCACCCUGGGCCUCUGCUCCUGAUCCCGCGGUGACUGGGGGUCCCAGCAGGCCAUGCAGCUAUGCCAAGGCACUCCCAGCAUGGCAGCUGCCGAGGUGCCCAGCUACCUGGUGUCCCCUCAGACGGAGAAGCACCGGCGGGCCCGAAACUGGACCGAUGCUGAGAUGCGCGGCCUCAUGCUCGUCUGGGAGGAGUUCUUUGACGAGCUCAAGCAAACCAAGCGGAACGCCAAGGUGUAUGAGAAGAUGGCCAGCAAGCUUUUCGAGAUGACUGGUGAGCGCAGGCUGGGCGAGGAGAUCAAGAUCAAGAUCACCAACAUGACCUUCCAGUACAGGAAAUUAAAAUGCAUGACAGAUAGCGAGUCUGUUCCUCCUGACUGGCCCUAUUACCUAGCCAUUGAUAGGAUUCUGGCCAAGGUCCCUGAGUCCUGUGAUGGCAAACUGCCGGAUGGCCAGCAGCCGGGCCCCUCCACGUCCCAGACCGAGGCGUCCCUGUCGCCGCCCGCUAAGUCCACCCCUCUGUACUUCCCGUAUAACCAGUGCUCCUACGAAGGCCGCUUUGAGGACGAUCGCUCCGACAGCUCCUCCAGCUUCCUGUCCCUUAAGUUCAGGUCAGAGGAGCGGCCCGUGAAGAAGCGCAAGGUGCAGAGCGGCCACCUGCACAAGAAGAAGCUGCGUCUGCUAGAGGCCAUGCUGGAGGAGCAGCGCCGUCUGAGCCGCGCAGUGGAGGAGGCCUGUCGCGAGGUGCGCCGCGCGCUGGACCAGCAGCACGUGCUGCAGCUGCAGGGCUUGCAGCUCCAGGAGCGCAUGAUGAGCCUGCUGGAGAGGGUGAUCACCAAGUCGGGCGUGUAGGCCUGUGGGCGGUGGCCUACCUGUGCACACAGCGGCCUGGACAGAGGGGACGCCCUCCACCAGGCCUGCAGUGGGCUUCUCCCGGCCAGACAUUCCUUCCGAGGGGCCUGGUGAGGAGCCCCCAGGCCGUGGACCGGGAGACCUGAGUCUCUGGCACUGAAGUCCUUCCUCAGACACAAGCCCCGGCCUUCGGGGUGCUCCUGGCAGGACAUCCUAGAAUCUGCCUCAAGCGAGGCCACCACCAGUGAUACU